AUGGGUCAAGGCUUUAGCAACGACAUCAGUGCAGGCGAGCCUUCUUCCGGGCAGAAAGCUCUCACUAUAUUUACGAUGUCUGACGGCGUGCUGAGUCCUAUUCCAGCAGUAGUUUUUUUUCGAAACCCUUCUAGUUUUAUGAGCGAUCCAAUAAUUCUAAUGGAACCUCCAAAUCGAGAAAUACCUCGAAAAGGAGAAUACAUAUAUCCUAAAGUAAGCUAUGUUGAAACAGUUAGGCAUUUACAUCAAUAUUUUCGAACGUCUGUGAUUAAUUCGACAGAUAAUAUAAAAAUUUGGAUCUUCACUCCAAUAUCACAAAACUCAGACGAACGAAACGAAAUGAUGCAUAUCGUUAAAUCAAUUAAAUUUCAUAUUUAUUCUUCAAAUGUAGUAAUCGCACUAGAAUCAAUAUUCUCAGAAUCCGUUCUUCCCAAAUCAAUAUCAGAAGCCUUUAAGAGAACUCCAGCGGCUGCUAGAACCCGAGAAUUAUUAAAUUUCCAGGGGUUACGAUACGCCCCAAUUCAACUUUCUUUAGAUACGAAUUCUCAAGAAUCAUAUACGCCACCCUCUUCUCCGCUCUUCGGAUCUAGUGUAUUUAAAGAUACUGUCGAUUUCGUGAUGGACGGAUUAUACAUUUCAGGCGAAAUGUGUUCAUCCGAUUUAAAGCUAUUACAGAAUUUCCAAAUAACACAUAUUGUGAAUAUGAAUGCAAAACAAUCUCCUACGAGCUUCCCAGACAAAUUUAUUUAUUUCAACGUUCACAUUAUCGAUUCAGUCUUCGAAACACUUACGGAUGAGUUCUGGGAAGCUGUCAAGUUUACUGACGAAGCUAUCAAGUCCGGCGGAAAAGUUUUGGUUCAUUGCCGCAAAGGAAUUUCGCGUUCUGCUGCUUUAUGCUUUGCAUUCCUUCUAAGAUAUCGUGGAUACCAACCAGAUGAUGCAAUAAAGCUUAUACAGAAAGCGAGACCAAUGAUUUCGAUAAAUGAUGGCUUUAUGAAGCAAAUUCUUGAAUAUCAUAAGAAAUUCCCUACGAAAUAG